CAGCUGAUUUUUCCCCCACUUAGAUUAGCUUUAAACACGUUUGUCUGAGGAUAUUCUGAUAAAAACCAUCGACUUUUUUAUUCUCUUUCCUGUGCAAUACGUAGCCCUGAACUGGCAUAACAAUAAAUAUAAUAGUUCUUCAUCUUUAGUAUUAUUUUUAACAAGUUUUUAAGCUUUUUAUGUUUAUUUUCAACUGUGGCUUUGGGUAAAAGCUCUUAACUUGAACUUUCCAGACCUGAUGGCACUAAUAUCGUAUGAAUGUUGUUGGGUUUAUUUCAUUAAAAUAAGAUUCUCUGCUCAUUUUUAGUAACAGACACAAUAUCAGCAUUCAGUCACUUCCUGUUCAAAAGUAUUUUCAGGUGUUUCAGGAAGGGUUUGGGUUGGGGUUAACCUCAAAUCCCAGUCAGCACCUAGCCACGAUUCUGAAAGGGAUCGGUCUGAAAAAGAUUCUGCUUUUGUGAUUUUUUACCUUCGACUGAAGGAAAUUAUUGAGAAGCUACUCCACCGUGCCCGGGUGAAGGACAGAGCGGGAUGUGCAGAAGUCCUGCUGCUGAUUGUAGAGCUGGACAAUUCAUAAGAUUCACGAUGCAGCAGGAGCUUUGUGGAGAGGGCUUCCAUGGUCCAGCUCCUGACUGCUAGCCUCACAUCACCAUCAUGUUUACUGUUGUUUGUGGGGUUCAUCAAGGCUCCAUCCUUGGUACACCUCUCUUCACUGAACAUGAUGGUGGCAGAGUGCCUUCUCUGUUACAGGAGGGUUGCAGGUUCGCACCCCACCCUGUCUGUAGAUGAUGUCUUUUUGAGCAAGGCAGUCCAUCCCUGCUGUUAGUGGUUGUAGGACAGCCUCGCUUCUGUCUGUUAGCCCUGAGGCUGCUGUAGCUCAGUGAGUGUGAAUGGGUGAAUGACUGGCGUGUUGUGAAGCACCUUUGGGGGUUCUAGGAUUCUAGAGGGCAAUUUGUACACACAGACCACUUACCAUGAUUUCAGGGGGAUCUUUUUUUAUUGUUUUGCUGAUAUUCUUCAGAUCUGUAUGACAGUCAGGCAUUUAUUUAGACGUUUCUGAGUAGUAGAGGGAGGUGGAGUGUACAGUCGGUAAAGACGGCUCUCCCUUGCCCUGCCUCCAACAUGCCUCCAUCUAAAAAGGCUAGGCUAUCCAGAGUUAUCUCUGUAGUUAUGCUGCUAUAGGCUUAGACUGCUGGAGGACACACUGACCACUUUCCACACUCGACUACUUUCUUCCACAAUCUGCUCUUUAACUGUAUUAUUUCCUGCUACUUCAGCUGCUAACAUCAUAACUAAAUCAAACAUAUCAGAUGUGUUUAUGAUCUAAAACAUGCAGGAAACCUGCUGGAAGCAGACUGCAGCACCAGCUAUGUCAGCUAACCACGACUCUGGUCCUGAUUUGGCCCUUUUUAGAAAUAAACUGAAUUGAAUUUCUGAACAGUGUCAGGAAGCAAAGUAUUUUUUGGGGACAAUCAGAACUCCUUGGUGUUUAGGAGGAAUCUCAUUGCCCAAAAUAAAGCCCUUCUUUCCAUCGGGCAGUAAUACAGUAACUCUAACCCUAAACAUGGGCGACCGUGGCAGAAGAGUUCAAGUGCCCGCCCUUUAACCGGAGGUUUGUGGGAUCAGGCUCAGUCAGUCGCAGAUGUUGUGUCCUUGGGCAAGACACUUCCCCUUCCUUACAUUCUGAUGUUGGUCAGAGGGGCUGGAGGUGCCCAUGUACUGCAGCCUCGCUUCUGUCAGUGUCCACCAGGUCAGCUGUGAUUUCAAUGUAGCUCAUCACCACCGGCAGUUGAAUGAGUGAAUGACUAGUUGUGUUGUAAAGUGCCUUGGGGUGGUUGUAGAACCCAAGGAGGUGGCGUAUAAAAACGGUCCGUGUACCAUUUAAUUACAGGCCAUUUACCCAUUCCUGGUCUCCUAAACUGGCUUCCUGUUCAGCACAGAGUUCGGUUUGAGCCUUUGUUUCUAGCCUGGUUUGACACCACCAGAGCUUACUGGACUCCUCCGUCACCACACCACCCAGAGCUUUGAGCUCUGCUACUUGUGGACAUUUCCAGAUCCAGACUCGGAACCGCAGAAAAACAGCAUUUUCUGUUAUGACCCGAAUCUGUUGAUGAUCCCUCCUUUACAAUAGAUCUAUUGUCACUUCGGUCAAUGAUAUUAUUAUCUUCUUUAUUACAUUAGAGUUAAUUUAUGUUGCUUUUGCCUUACUCACUGGUGUGUUUUGGACAUUUUGCAGUGCUUUGGCCAACAAAUGUACUGUAGACACAAGCAUGAUUGUGUCAGAGGCUGUGGAGCAGCACGUUUACAAAGGGUCAUGAAUCACCUUCUGAAGUCAGAUGGUGAAGUCUGGAUUUGAUGGAUGCUAGGAAAACACUGAUUGUGUCGGCUAAAGUUCAGUAGAGGAGAGAUGAAGAGAUGAAGGUUUGGGGCAGAUUUUCAGGGUGUGGGCGUGGCCUCAUCAGCUGACACUUAGUGGGGAGCACAGCACAUCAUUUAAAUGAACCUUGCCACUGAGGUUCAUAAGGAUUAUGUCAUUGAGAGGGGCUUUAAAUAUGUUUUUAGUCUGCAUAAGUCAUUAAUAAAUCUGACUGGAUUUAUUUUUGUGCAGCUGGAGUUGGUCUAUAGGCCCUCCAGGCAUGGUGCCUUGCUUAAAGGCUCUCCUACAGGAGAAAAACUGCAGACCAGAAUGCCUUUGGAACAGCCUCUCGUUACCAGUUUGGAUGCUGAUGUAGAGUUUGGACGUUUUGCAUCCCAGUUUCAGCUGUUUCUUUGUGUUUGUGUGGGAGAGCUGGAGAUGAAUGCAGGCCGAUAGCGUCGCCCUCCUGUGGGAGCAGUAAAACAAGUGGGAGCACCAGCCGGAGCCUCGGCAGCAUGACAACAUGUUCUGGGAUUGAUUUCUAUCGGAUGGAAGAAUCAACAACAUGGCCGCUCCUCAGCGUGCUCUGAAUGUUUAGGGAUCCGGGACGGAUAUUAGCAUCACACUUCUGCUCAUAGCUGCCGGGUUUGGAAGUAAAAAAAAAUCUCUUUCAUACCAAAGUUGUUACAGUGCUCAGGAAUUUGCAGGAGUGCUGUUUAGGAAUUUCUCAAGGAUUCCAGCGCGUCUUUAGCAGAUCAAACAGGAAGUUUUAUUUUUUUCAAAUGCACUAAAUGUAAUCUAAUGGUAGCUAAAAGUAAGAUCAUCAGAACGAUAACUGAAUCUGAACAGCUUCUUUUGAUGUGGUGCAGCUCAGUGAUGAGAAAGUCUCUCUCUCUCUCUCUCUCUCUCUCUCUCUCUCUCUCUCUCUCUCUCUCUCUCUCUCUCUCUCUCUCAGCACAAAAUAUCAGUUUAGAUGAUGACGUGAUCAUCCUAAAGCACAUUUCUUUCUAAAUGACCACCAUCAGUAAUCCGCUGUUUUGUUCAGAUCAAACAGCUCAGCUGAUUUGGUCGUGAUGGGUACAGCGCAGCAGUAGUUCUGUCUUAUUCUGGAAAAAGAGCAGUUCCUGACACUGGCCAGCAGGGAGCGCGGCUGGGCGUUAAAUCCUCUAAAUCUCUGUGAUCCAAAACCAAUAAUCUCCUUUGCAUCUGCUGUGUCUCAGAAGCGGCCGGUAGCAGCUAAUGAUAGAUUAUUUGGUUUCAUAUGAGUUACUUUUGGAAUUAUUCCGUUUAGUUUAACACGUGGUUUGGUUUAUUUAUACUAAAACGGAGAUAAUUUUGUGGGGGUGUGGAAAAAGUAAAACACUGCUCCCCUUGGAGUAAACAGAGAGAUGAAGAGCCAUGGCUCAGAUUCUCUGUUGAGACGUUUUUAAUGUUUACUGUUGAGCUGCGCUUGUUUGUGUAUAAGUUCGUGAUUUCAGGAGAAAAGCAGAGCCCCCACUGUAGCUGAUUGUUGUCUUUCCCCACACUGUCCUGCUGCCAUAGCGAGCAGAAACAACACAAGGCCUUCGUUCCCCAAUGCGUGACGUCAGAGCGGAGGAGUUAACGCUGCCUUCAGGAACGUCUGGGGUUCCUCCCUUUCAAAGUAUUACAGGAGCUGUUAACGUUAUCUUUUGAGUUGUUUCUAAUGACACAGAUAAAUACUUUAAAUAAAUAGGAUUGCUACACUAAGUCAGAUACAGAUAUAUUAAAAGAACAACAAAAACGGAAAGUUUCGGCCUAAAUCAAAAUCAAUCGGGUUUUCGACAGUCACUAAUCGGCUCAGCUGGAGAAAUAAAGGUUUUCCGAUGCAAUUGAAAGCAUCAAUAAGUUGGGGGCGUGGCUUAGAACCCCCUCAGUGUGAGUCAGGAGGAUUCUGAACGCCUCACGCCGCAGCGGUGAUCUAACAGAGCUGAUUUUACGGUCGAACCGACCCGAACCGGGCCGCUGCUUUGGCAGCAGCGGCACUUUAGGUUUAAAAACGCCAAGAAAAUCUCUCUAAAAUGCCGCUGUGACCAAACGCCCGGCAUCCAUGGUCUUUUUCCCGGGUAUGCAAGCCGAGGCGCGCGGCCUCAAACCGGGACAGCUGCUCGAAAUGUUUGACUCGUCAUGGAAGGUGCGGGACAUUUGGGACGGGGUGAAGCUGGAGGUGGUCGAGGACCCCAGUCCAGUGGUCCUGCACAGCUUCACCCACCUGGACCCGGACAUGCCACUUCUCGAGAGCUCGACGCAGGAGAUCGGCGAGGAGGCCGAGGAAGAUGCCAUCUUCACCAUCACGCUGAGGAAGGUGCAGCUUCACCAGUCGGCCAGUAAGGGUCAGCGAUGGCUGGGCGUGGAAACGGACUCUGCUCUGAGCCUCUACGAGACCUGCAAGGUGCGAACCAUCAAGGCUGGCACGCUGGAGCGGCUGGUGGAGUACAUGGUGUCGGCUUUCAGGGGAAAAGACUCCACCUACGUCACCAUCUUCCUCUGCACCUACCGGUCCUUCGCCACCACCAGGCAGGUGCUGGAUCUCCUGCUCAACAGAUACGCCAAGCUUCAGAAUGUUCCUGCUGCCACCGUGCACCGGGUCUCCCAGGACGACCGCACCGAGCUGAGAAACACCGUGUCGUCCAUCCUGGGUGCGUGGUUGGAUCAGUACUCCGAGGAUUUCUGGAGCCCUCCCAACUACGAGUGUCUGCACCAGCUUAUGUCUUACCUCCACCUCCACUUCCAUGGCUCGGACCUGGAGCGCCGCGCUCGCAACCUGUUGGCCCACUUCCACCGCCGACAGCAGUGUGAGCCUGAUCCUGAUGGGGAACACAUCGGCUGUCCUUUCGCUACGCAGGAAGAGAGCGGCUUCGAUGACGAAAUUCCUUCUUUCAGUUUCCUGUCGUUUGAUCCCAUCAUGGUGGCCGAGCAGUUCACGCUCAUGGAUGCGGAUCUGUUCAAGAAGGUGGUGCCGUACCACUGCCUGGGGGGCAUUUGGUCUCAGAGAGACAAGAAGGGGAAGGAGCACUUGGCCCCCACCAUCCGAGCCACCGUGGCUCAGUUCAACUCUGUCACCAACUGUGUGAUCACCACCUGCCUGAGCACGCCGACGCUGAAGCCCAAUCAGAGAGCUCGGCUGAUGGAGCGGUGGAUCGACGUGGCGCGGGAGUGUCGGAUCCUGAAGAACUUCUCCUCGCUGCGGGCCAUCCUCUCUGCUCUUCAGUGCAACUCCAUCCACCGCCUGAAGAGGACCUGGGAGGAGGUGUCUCGCGAAAGCGUGAGAACGUUCCGCGAGCUGUCGGAGAUCUUCUCAGAUGACAACAACUACUCUCUGAGCCGGGAGCUGCUGGUGAAGGAGGGAACCUCCAAGUUUGCAACUUUGGAAAUCAACCCAAAGCGAGCGCAGAGGAGACACCAGCAGCAGAGAGACCUGGGCGUGAUGCAGGGCACGAUUCCUUACCUGGGAACCUUCCUGACGGAUCUUGUGAUGAUGGACACCGCCAUGAAGGAUUACACCGAGGGUGGUCUCAUCAACUUUGAAAAGAGAAGAAAGGAGUUUGAGGUGAUCGCUCAGAUCAAACUGCUCCAGUUGGCCUCCAACAACUACAGUUUCACUCAGGACAGCCACUUCAGAGAGUGGUUCACAUGCGUGGACAAACUCAGCGAGGCAGAAAGCUACAACCUGUCCUGUGAGAUCGAACCUCUGUCCGAGUCCGCUAGCAACACGCUCAGAGCCAAGAAGAACGGAGGGAUCAUGAAGCGCUGGAGCGACCGGCAGCUUGCGGAGGCUGGCUCCAGCGGCGGCGGCUCUCAUUCCAAGUCCUUCGACCACUCGCACUACAGACCAUACCAAGGAGGGGGAGGGGGGGACAGCGGCGACGCUCUGAGCGUCACCUCUGUCAGCUCCAGCGGUUCGGACCUGGAGGACGUGAACACUAGCUUCCUGUCUGAUUCACCUGAGGGACAAGAGCGGAAGACGUCCACGCCUUCGGUGAAACUCACCGUUUCUGCUCUGGGGAGAGAAGCUCCAACAGCAGAGACAACAUCAACAUUCUGGGAGUGCACGUCUCUGUCGUCUCUUGACACCUCCGGGAUGGGAUCCAGCUCUGGUUCCGCCUCAGGCUCCAGCAGCGCCUCCUCCUCCUCCGUCUCCUCCUCCACGCCGCUGUCGGCCUCUCGCUCACACAAACGCUCGGUGUCGGCGGUGUCGAACUACUCCACGCUGUCGCUGCCGCUCUACAACCAGCAGGUGGACGACUGCUGCAUCAUCCGGGUGAGCCUGGAUGUGGAGAACGGCAACAUGUACAAGAGCAUCCUGGUGACGAGUCAGGACAAGACUCCCGCCGUCAUCAGGAAGGCCAUGAUCAAACACAACCUGGAGCGGGAGAAAACCGAGGAAUACGAGCUGAUGCAGAAACUCUCAGAGGACAAAGAGCUCCGGAUACCCGACAACGCCAACGUCUUCUACGCCAUGAACUCCACUGCCAACUACGACUUUGUGCUGAAGAAGCGAGGCCCGGCGCGGCCGCCGCGGGCCAAGAACGUGGCCAGCUCCACGCUGCCUCGCAUGAAGCAGAAGGGACUGAAAAUCGCCAAGGGGAUUUUCUGAGGGGGGCGGGAUGCUCGCCACUUCCUGCCUCCUAACCGCCAUUUCCCCCCUGGUGUGGUUGCUCCUCUUUGGGAGACGACCUGAAGUGUCCACGCUUUAGUUCGGACAGCGGCAGAAACGUUGGAGGACGAACCGACUGGUGUUUCUGUGGAGUCGCAGGAAGCAGAGGAGCACUUUAGCACUUAGCUGCUCAGCAGCUGUCUGCGUUUCCGAAACUCACCUGUGGGGAAAAGCAGCCUCUGUUCUCGGCACUACGGCAACCCUUUAUGUCAUUUAUGGAAAAUUAUUAAGAGUUCCUGAUCCAUCACCUUUUGUUUACAGCAGUUUACAACCACGUUCACUUUUACACGCCGUGACUCUUCUGGCACUCCCCCAACCCUAACCACACACACACACACACACACACACCCCUAACGGACCGGUGGGCGGCGCAGACACUGCAGCUGUCAGAAUGUGUUUCUGUGGUUCAGGAAGCUUCAGCUCCGAAUGCGUCGGGAUGCGCGUUGGCCCUGACGUGCUACAAAAAAACUGGAGACCUGUCAAAGCGCAGUGGGCGUGGCCAAGAGUCUGGCCCUGCUGUUUGUUAUGUUACUAACACACGUUAACCACUACAUCCUGGAGGGCGAGCAUCGUCCUUGGACCGCGACUGAAAGCAGACGGAGUGUAAAUAUGUCUCGUAGGAGACUCCUGUUGUUGUUGAUGUUUUGUUGUUUACUUCUCUGCUCUCACAUGGUGCUGUCACUCAUCUCUAUGAAAAGGUUGCACCAACCGUGUUCUGCUCUUAAACACAAAGGCGCCAUGUUGGGGGGUGUUGGGGCUCGGGGUAGACUCGUGUGGGGUCUUAACACAAUCUCGGAUUUAAGGAAUCUUUUAGUCGCUUCAUAUUGUUUGUUUUUAACAAUUCAGCAAAAGUAAAUCCCAAAAUAUUUCAAAAGGCUAAAAAAAUGUGAAAGUAAGAUUCCAAACAUUUGACUUGGAGGCACUCGUUUAUUAUUUAUCAGCACGAGUCAGUUUGCAGAGGAAAACCAGGAAUUCUGAGGUUCCCAGGUUUUUCCUGCAGCUGUGCUCUGUGGCAUUCUGGUUUGGGCCGGUUUAGCUCUUCCAACAUGGCGGCUGGUGAUAAAAUCCCUAUGUGCCGUGAGCGGCCUGCAGACCGUUCUCCCGCUAAAUCUCCUUCCUGUUUUUUUCUCUUUGGAGCUCGCUGUGAAAGCACUCAUGAAGGAUAAUCCAGAAUAAUCUUGAGUUUAGGGCAUGAAACGAGUUAAUGCUGCGUGUUGAAUCCCAGAUGAACGACUGCGUUGCUGCCAAGCCGAACGUGAGGGAACUAAUUUAGUUUCCUCUCUUUGGUGACACGAUUCCGACGUUUCCUCCGUGUUUAAUUCCCACAUUCAGGCUGUUUUAGUUUCUGCGCCCGUUCUUGUUCAGAGUUCACUCAAAGCAGCUUGCAGGUAAAACAUUCCACCUUAAAUAAGUUCUUGGAUAUUUUCUGCUCCGCGGCUUUAAUUUUCCUGUUACUGCAAAGCAUUGUGGGAAUUGUAGGAACUCAGUAGUCGGUCACCAAAAGCAUUGGGAUUUCCUUUUUCCUGCAGAAACGCCCAAGUUUUCCUGCUGUUUGGGACCAAGUCGUUUCCUGUUUUGUUUUUGUUUACGUCCGCUAUCUCAACGAUCAAACGAUGGGAGACAAAAUCCAACCUGUGGAAACACAUUGAUGAGCAGCAGGCGGCACAUCGUCUGGCUGAAACCCUUUGCACUGUGACCUUUGACCCCUCUGCUCCGCCCUGUUGGCACGGCACGUCUAGCACUGUGAACCAAACUCACGCACACCUGCUGGUGUCAUAGUGAACGUCCACCCAAAGGCUGGAUCCUACAUGUGCCAAACAGGAGCAGCUUUCAUGUUCGGGAUUAGAACACUAAAGGCGGCGGCGCUGGGGACGGCUUGAUUUGUCCAGGAAACGCGUUUGUAGAUGAAACCGAUGCAGAAACUGAAGCUCGUUAUUCUGGUUUUUGCUCAAACCAAACAUGAACACAUUCAAAUGUUUAAGUCUCCUUUUUGGUUUUCUGUUUUGCUUCAUAUUUUAGGUCAGUUUAAUAGAUUAAAACUCAGAUUAUUACACGUCAUCAGAAUUCCUCAUUCAGGUUUUACACUGGAACAAAAUUAAAACCAAACCGGUGAAACUGAGCUAACGGCGGUAAUCCACAUUUAACUCAAAACACUGUCAUUGUUUCUGCAGAGGUUUUCUAUCUGCUCGCGUUCCUCAGAGUCCUGGAGGGAUGUGUGUGUGUGUGUGUGUGUGUGUGUGUGUGUCGUGGCAGCCCGUGUUGAAAUGAAUUUUGUGACUGGACCUGAUUUGUGAGUUUGAACAAGAAAAAAAAAUCAGUUUUAUAAGAACAAAGCAGCGCGGAGGCCUGUGGUGUGUCGUGUGUUUGCUGUUGCUCUGGUGCCAUUUUCCAUUCGAACAGAAGAAUUGCAAACAUUCUUCAAACAGCAGUUUGUUUUUUUCAUGUUUUUCCCCCAAACACAAAACCUGUGUAGUAAACCAACAGUUCUUGGUUGUUUCUUUGUUUUAUUUAUUGAUUUGUAUAUAAAGAUUUUGUUUUUCAUUGUACAUUCUCCUUUUCUUUGUUAUAGAUUAAUAUAUUCAUGUAUAUAUGAAUAAACAUUAAGUUUGUAAAAUUAAAA